CAUGACCAUCAAUAUUCAAUUAGUGCGGAUUAUCCUUGACGCGAACGAAGAAAAACUGGUGCUUCUGGCCGAAGAGUUGCGUUCAUACCUUGGGGAGGGGAACUAGAGGUUUUCGCCUCAACUCCACAAACGUGCGGGGUUUCCGCCGGUCGCCGACAUCACAACUCACAGCUGACAACACAUCACACACACUGUGACCCCUCGAAAAUCUACCAUAAUCACACGUCGAGACUUGAAAUCAGUUGUAGUCCUGAUAGAAUCGCGCCAGGUGUCUAGGAGAGAUGCUGGAGUGCCGACCAUGCCCCCCCAAACAAAGCAACAGCCGAAGAGGAAGCACGUCACAACUGCAUGCAUCUCAUGUCGCGAAAGCAAAGUCAAAUGUGACGGUGUAACCCCAACAUGUCGUAAUUGCGCGAACAAAGGCAAGGAGUGUCGCUACCAGGCGGGAGAAGACAAGCGCAAGCUAUCUCUUCGAGUGGCGAUCGAGCUUCUAUCUGCUCGAGUCUCCCAAUUAAGUCGCCACAUCGAAAGCAAUGGUCUGCAAGUUCCAGCCAUGACUCCAAGUGACGAGAAAGCACUGAAGCGUGUCUUGGAUACCCUUGGAUUAGCUCAGGUGGAAACAUCACAUAGCCAGCAGGAGGGCGAAUCUCAGAACGAUACCGUGACGCAGCAACUUACUCCAGCAUCAGAGUCUCAAUCAGCCAACAUCCUACCAGUUCAAAAGGAUGCCGCAAUCAUAGACGAAAAUAACACAACAAGAGAUAUUCAUACUUCUCCAGGACUCUCAAAUCGGAGUUGCGACGAGACCGAGCGAAACGUAUCCACGUUCCCAAUCCAAACCACGUCCGUGGAUGGCUUCCCACUUCAAAUCGAUAAAGGUGCUGCUGAGUUAUCCCCGAAUCAUCAGCCAAUGAUGAACACCACAUGUUUGACUGGCGAUGCUGCGUCCACAUGGCCAUGGAAUGGACAAAACCCAACCAACAUCAAUAUGCCGCUGCCAUUCCCGGAUCAUGUCUCAGAAACACAACCGAUCAACGACCUGCCGCCUGUCAUCAAUGACACCGGGGAGCAGAUCCCUACCGCAGGCGUGGACGAGCCGACCCCGGAUGAAGAGGCCACAGAAUCCGAUGUCAUGGAGGAAGAGUUAGUCGAACGUCUCUCCUACCGGAUGGGCACUCUACAGGUUGAACCAAAUGGCCAGAUUCGUUACUACGGGGCAACAUCAAAUUUCAACUUGAUCGAGAUGCCGGCGUCAGAUAAUCUAACAAUUCACCGUACGGUAAGGAAUAACGGAGCCGAGAGCCUAAGUCUGCUGGGAUUGAACAAGGAGGUCCCACCAGAAAUUGAAGCACAUAUGAUCAAUUUGUACUUCACUUGGCAAGAUCCCAGCUUUCACGUCGUCGACAGAGCGAUGUAUGAACAGGCGAAGAUGAAGUGGGAGGAUGACAAAGAGGAUACACCGUAUUAUUCCGAAGCAUUGAGGAACUCCAUGUGUGCAUUAGGCGCCGCUUUUGAAACUCGCUACCACCCCACGUUCGUCACUUUCCCAAAGUCGCUCGCAGACUUUUUUGGCGAUAGGGCAAAGGCCCUACUGGAGAUAGAGCUCGACUGUCCAAAUGUGGCUACCGUUCAGGCAAUGGUGGUUCUCAGCGCCCACGACAUUGGGUGCAAACGGGAUGCCCGUGGAUGGCUCUACAGUGGCAUGGCCAUGCGCCUUGCAUUUGAUCUUGCUCUACAUGUCGAUGUUUCGCAUUACGUUUCAAGCGGAGCUAUUGGUGUAGCCGAAGCUGAGUUACGCCGGACUGUGUUUUGGGGCGCGUUCACUGUCGACAACCUUUGGGGAUAUUACCUUGGCCGUCCUUUCCGUAUCAAUAUUGAAGAUGUUACAGUUGGAAAACCUGGCGAAGGCUUUGCGCCCCGGCAACCUGGACAAUGGAUCCCUUAUACUUCUGCAAAGAGUCUGGAGAUCCAUUCACCAAUCCCAGACUAUGUCGAAGAGCUGAACAAAGAGCGUGUAACACUCACUGAGAUCAUGGCACCUCUUGGACAUGUACUGUACGGUAGCCUGAAAACGACCAGCAAAGCUCUUCAAAAGCUCAAUGCAGCAACGGUUGAUAAUCUGCUGGAGUGGGAGGCACAGCUACCAUCAGUCCUACAGGUUGAUCUAUCCGAUUUCACAACACCCUAUCUUCCACAUGUUUUACUCCUGCAUAUGCAGUACCAUCAAAAUCUAAUUCACGCCCAUCGCCCCUGGAUGUCGAAAAGCUACGUCCAGCCGUCCCCGCCCCAAGGCCCCGGCCACUCCCACGCUCGCCAAGUGUGUGUAUCUUCUGCUGUCGCCAUCGCUAAACUUCUUUCCCUCUACGAAUCGCACUGGACGCUCCGACGCAUGAACAUCCAGGGUGUUUCAAUAACCUGCUCCGCCGCUUUGCUUCUCACCUUCGCAGGCAUAUCUCGCUACCAAGGCCAUUCCACAGAAACGACGGCCAUGCAUCUGAGUGUUUGUUUCAGAGCGCUUGAUGAGUUUGGACCUUCCUGGGAAAGCGCAAAAAGGGCCCGGGAGUACCUUGUUAGGUUACAGAGGGAGUGGAAGAAUAGGGCGAGGCUAAGCCACCCACUCCCCACCCAGCAGAACCCCGCAGCAUUCCGCGGGCUGCAUCAAGGAUCUUCGUUCAUGGCGCAUGGGGCAUCUUCAAGGAAGAGAACGAGGCAUUCAAGUGAUACUGAGUCAAGGACUUCAGCAACGAGUUAUCAAGACGCAUCUCCAGGACAGCAAUUGCCGCAUCAACAGACGGGAUAUGGUGCUAUGAAUGGCAGUAGUGUGCAAGGAGAAAUGGAUGUCGACUUAGGUUUGGAGUUGGACUGGAUGUUUCUCUGGGAUAAUCAGGUGCCCCGGGGUAUGGGGGUUGAGGAUGGGAUGUAUUCAAUGCCUAUGGAUAGGUUCAUGCAUCCACUUGAUCGACGUAUGUAGUGUUCAAUUCAUGUAUACUUUUUCAUUUUUCUAUAUCCUAAGUAGGCCUCGAACGUUUAAUGACCCGC